AUGGCUUCCCAGGACCUCCAGUGGCUUCUCGUCCGCAACAACUCGAGCUUCCUCGUCAAGCAGAAGGGUCUCGGCCGCAUCUUCUCGCGCGAGCCUCGCAACCUCGUCCAGCUGCACAGCUACAAGUACUCCGGCGUUGUCAACUCCAAGGCUGUCGGCAUCGAGGCCCCCAAGUCCGGCAAGGGUGUCGUUCUCACCACCAAGAACGCCAAGCAGGGCUCUUCGGCCAUCAAGGCCACCAAGAACACCACCACCAUCAAGAGGGGUGGUGGACGCCGCACUGCCGGUGUCGUCUCCAACGUCGUCGCCAAGAAGGGCUACCGUGCCGACUUGACCAGGGCCGCCGUUGUCCGCGCCUCUGCCAUCCUCCGCUCGCAGCGUGGCCGCACCCAGCCCCCCGCCCGCAAGGUCCGUGGCACUGGCUCUCGCAAGGUCGUCAAGAUCGAGGAGCCCGUCGCCUAA